CCCAGCCGCGAGGGCAGCGUCUGCGACCGGGUGUCGGAGUUGGAGGACUUCUGGAGACCGCCCUCGCCCUCCGUCUCGCCAGCCUCAGAGCGAUCUGUGUGCCCAUCGCUGGACGAAGCACCCCCCUUCUCGGUGCCCUUCAAGCCAUAUGUGUGGAGCAGCUUGGGUGGCUCCGACCUGAGGCACCUUGUGCAAAGCUACAGGCCCUGCCCCACGCUGGAGCGAACCUCAGCCUUAGGGCUCUUCUGUGAGCGAGGCUCCGAGCCUGCCCUCUAUGGUGCAGAGUGCAGCUCUUCCCUCGGACUUUAUGGUGACUUCAGCUCCCCAGGCCCGGGGCUUUUUGAGAGGCCUCCAGCAGCAGCACCAGGACUCUAUGCUGACUCGCAGCCUGGGCUGCAGCAAGAGAAGGGGGCAGGUGGCAUCAAAGUGGAGGCGGAUCUCCUGUGUCGUCCCCUGCUCCUCAGCGCUGGCUCUUACAAGUGUGUCAAGUGCAGCAAGGUCUUCUCCACUCCACAUGGCCUUGAAGUACAUGUGCGCCGCUCACACAGCGGCACCAGGCCCUUUGCCUGUGACAUGUGUGGCAAGACCUUUGGCCACGCAGUCAGCCUGGAGCAGCACAAGGCUGUGCACUCGCAGGAACGCAGCUUUGAUUGUAAGAUAUGUGGCAAGAGUUUUAAGAGAUCUUCCACCCUGUCCACCCACCUGCUCAUCCACUCAGACACCCGGCCCUAUCCCUGUCAGUACUGUGGGAAGCGUUUUCACCAGAAAUCGGAUAUGAAGAAACACACCUUCAUUCAUACAGGUGAGAAGCCCCACAAGUGUCAGGUGUGUGGAAAAGCCUUCAGUCAGAGCUCCAACCUCAUCACCCACAGUCGGAAGCACACAGGCUUCAAGCCCUUUGGCUGUGAUCUGUGUGGCAAAGGCUUCCAAAGAAAGGUGGAUUUACGGAGACACCGGGAGACACAGCAUGGCCUGAAAUGAGUCCCAGCUGCAAUACGGAAAGCACCGACAACACUAUGAGAACAGACUCCCUUGGUUUCCCGGCUCGACCUGAGCCUUGUCUGUAGCACAGACCCUGGCAUUGCCUUUCUGACCAGGAGCUUAGAGAGAAAAGAAGAGAACAGAGCCACACGUUGAAAGCUCAACCUGAAGGACUGUGAAAGCGGAAAUUAAAGGCUGGGGUUUCUCUCUCUCUCUCCCCCUCUCUCUUUCUGAAAUAACACUGGAAAAUAAACCUUUGAGACAUGAAGCCUGGUACUCCAAAUACGGAUAAGCUACCGAAUAUAUGUGAGCUGGAAAAUCUUUCACCCAUGGCCAAGAUGAAACCCCUCAAGUUUUCAGUAUCUUGAAUUACCUUACAGAGAAACAUGGGUGUAACCGUGUUUACGCGCUAAUUACACAGCAGUCAGUAAAUGCUGUAGGGUGUGCUUGCCUUUGUUGAGUUUCAGUGCUGAAUGGCUUCCCUCUUGGUUUCCUACCAGGGAGGCUUGGAUCUGGACUGAACUGUGCAGUUUGUUAUCUUGUUGCUUUUGAAGCCAAGAGACCAACUUGGGCCUGACCCUGCUCUCACUUAUUCUGGCAUAAAUCAGGAGCUGCAUUGACAGAGGGGAGGCCCUUUUGAUCCUUCCAGAGCUGUCUCUGUUUAUGCAAGACCUGGAUGUGCGAGUGUAUGUUUGAGGCAUGGGGGAAUUACUUCUUGCUACAUCCACUGGGGAAAAAGAAGUUUGGGAAAGACUUGAGUGGAGAAGCCAAACACAGAGUUAUGCCUUAUGACUAGAAACCCAUGCAACAACCACCUGAUCCUGGCUGAGCAGGAGCACAGGGAGGGCACAGACUGUCUGUCUUGGGAUGACCGUUGGCUUCCGCACUCUGGGCUUGUUAUAAAUAACUGGGAAAUAGCUACCCAAUAGGCUUAUUUGUAUAUUUGUUUUUGUUUUUUAAUUUCUAAAGGGAAACUUAACCUGAGGUGGGCAGGAAUCAUUAUAGAAGUAUAAUUGACUGAAUUUGCCUUAAAUGACCCUGCAUGUACCUCAGUUAAAAGGAAAAAAGUUGUUUUUACUUUGUUGAUAGGUUUGUAAAUGUCCUUAUUUAGAUUUUAUGGAGUGUCUUAUGUUUAUGGGUA